UAAAAGAGAGAUAUAGAAACUUGAGAUGCAACUCAGUUUGACCUUAUUCCACCUGGAGCUACCGGAACGGCCGAACCCAGACCUGAUACCUGUACAUGUAUCGAUAAUCGAUAUCCUGCUGACUUCUUUGCCUUCGAACUGUUGCACCAACCCACCAACCAAAACUUUCUGACCUGCUGCACUUGCACCAACCAAAACAUACCAGUAUGUUGAGUGUGUUCUGUCUAUCAGGACUUCUGACUUGACUCGCCUGUUGAAAGUACACGCAUGAAGUGAAGUAGUCGGAGUGGAGCGGGAGUGCUGAGAGCUACCUGGUACCUGGUACCGUACCGUACGAUCUUGGAUGACGCAGCAUACAGGCGGUAGCAGGAUGUACCGUCGAAGAUAAAAGCAAUAAUUCUUUGAGAAGCCUUGUUACGGUUUAUUCCGUGAAACGACACAUCAUUAUUUAUUAAUGAUUGUCCUUGUUGGGGACAAUCGAAUUUCUCCUGCCGCCUUGCGCCAACGAUGAUCGCCUUGGCUCCGAUGGGAGCUCUGAACUUUCGGAAGAUUCGUCCAAGAUUCAUUCGACCCAAGCACAGUUCGCAGCAGCUUCAUCCAAGUGCCCACGAUGAUGGAGGGUUGAUUUCAGGAACCCGCGGAACGACUCUGUCACACUGAAACGAUCCAAUUUGUCAGGGCACAACAAAAGAAGGCUGAAUCUCAGGGUAGCGACCUGGAGGGAGGCCGAGAUUCGAUUCGAUUCGAUUCGUCCAGUCUGUGGGGCUGUCAGUGGCAUGCCAGCCCGUGUUACUACCAUAGUCACCAAUCUCGCUGAAUCUGUGGUGAAUCUGAGUUGAAUCUGAGUUGAAUCAAUCUGUGAAGUUGAGAAAGCAACCAAAAAGACGUGCAUCUGGUAGAGUUGACAUCCCACGUACCGGUAGCUGCCUCCAAUAGCCAUCACGGCACAAGUUUGAUAUACCCCAAGCCGCUCCUCCUUAUCCAUACUAAUAGUGCUUUGCGAACAUACCAUGGGCUGUGAACAAUCCACCCCCGUCGAUGACACCGCCAACCGCGGAGAUGGGGCUGCGCAGAGAAGCGACAUUACGGGUAUUGGGCAAACCGAACGCCAGCUCUCCAAGAUGAUGCGAGAUUCCAUGAACAGCAACAGUGGAGCCCCGGACCCUCGGAAGAAGAGCCUGGCACUGCCCAAGCUCGACGAACAAGGCUUUCUGACGGCAGAAGAAGUUGCCAAACGGACCUUCAGCAGUAUAGCCAACAAGGCCACCACUCUUGGGACAAUCCACAAUGUGACACAUCUUCAGUUUGCCCAGUGGACACAACGAGGAUACUACCCCGAUGAUCCCCACAAACAGAACCAGGAUGAGUUCGGCACUCACUUGCAGUUUGCAGGAGUCGAUAGGGACGCCAUGUUUGCCGUCUAUGAUGGCCAUGGCAAGAACGGACACGCUUGUUCCCAAUUCGCACGAGAACGGCUCCCCAAGGCGAUUGCCAAGCACGUGCGUAGAAUACGAUGCCAAAAGUAUCAAAACACACGAGACAACAACAAGAAGGGUGGCUGGGAUCCCAGUCGAUGGCCCAUGCUGAACCGAAAGGAAUACGAGGCAUGCUGCCGCAGAGCCUUCCUGGAAGUCAAUCAAGCUAUGCAUGACGAGCCCACUGUCCCGGAUAGCUUGAGUGGUACCACUGCCACCGCGGUCAAUUUUCAUGGAAACUUUGUUUCCGUCUCCAAUGUUGGAGAUAGUCGGGUCGUUCUGGGUCAUAGAGUUAAGAGCAAUCCGGACAACUCCAUUUCAGUAAACUGCCGCAUGGCCGAAAUGGCCAGCGCCAGUGCGAAUACCAACGCAAAUGAAGAAGAAAAGUACGAUAUGGAUGACGAAAUCUCUUACAAGUCAGGUCGAUUAGCUGUGGGACAGCCAGUUAUUACACCUGGAGGCUCCUUUCAGACCCGACAGUUGCCGCCACCACCGGGAACUCGAGUCAUCGCCAUGCCUCUGUCCAGAGAUCAGACGCCCUAUCGCAAAGACGAACGGGAGCGCGUCGAAGCCCGAGGAGCCUGUAUCAUGACGACGGAUCAAAUGCAAGGAAAGGAAGCAGUACAUAACGACUGGGGAGACAUGGUCUUCGGUGAGAUGUUGGACAUCGAGGGAGACUCGCCUCGAGUCUGGAUCAAGGGGGGCGACUCGCCGGGAUGCGCAUUUACCAGAUCAUUAGGUGAUUCCUACUCGGAACCGAUUGGCAUCAUUGCUGAACCUGAGAUACUCACCACCGAACUGACCGAGAACGACGAUUAUUUGGUGAUUGCUUCGGAUGGUAUCUUUGAGUUUAUGACAAACCAAAACGUGAUUGACCUCUGUGAAGCCAGCGAAUCCCCUUUGAUGGCUUGUGAAAUGAUUGUGAAGGCGGCCUAUCAGCAAUGGCUGAGCUAUGAGAACCGCACUGACGACAUUACGAUCGUGGUAUGCUUCCUACAGAAUUUCAAUCCUGCAACUAUGGAUGGAAUCCACGGCACAACAGAAGACUUGGUGGAGAAGAUGGCAAAAAUCUAUGGGACAAGACCAGCUCACAUGCCUCAGCGCUCAACGGGUGGACUGGCCUAUAGUGACCUUCCGUCCCCGGGCCACGACGAUCGGAGCUCCGCUCUCACCCGGAGUAUUGCAAGCCUUGAAGGCACUGCCAGCAUUGACGAACUUGUCAAUGUGGAAGAUGAAGAAGUAUCGGCAUACCACACAGAGGAGGCACGAGCCGUUAUCGUUGGCAGUGCAACGAUGCCACAGCAGAUGGUCUUCGAUGAUUCAGACAAUUACGAGUGCAUGGACUUUAAGAUUGACGCCUUGAUGGAGGAAGUCAACAAGGCCGACGCGACAACGAGCACUAGUACCGGUGAAUCCUACGACCACAGCAAGAUUCCUGCUGUCCCCGCCAUCGAAACAGUCAACGACGAUCGAAACGCUAUCCAAAUAUAG